AUGUAUCAGAGUUCUAACGGCCCGGUGAAGAAGUCUAUGCGAGAGAAGGCUGUGGAACGCAGGAACGUCAAUAAGGAGCACAACAGUAACUUUAAAGCGGGAUACAUUCCGAUCGAUGAAGACCGUCUCCACAAGACAGGCUUACGUGGCAGGAAAGGCAACCUGGCCAUCUGUGUGAUUGUUCUUCUUUUCAUUUUGGCUGUCAUCAAUCUGAUUAUUACACUGGUUAUCUGGGCAGUGAUCCGAAUCGGUCCCAAUGGUUGUGACAGUAUGGAGUUCCACGAGAGCGGCUUGCUGCGCUUUAAACAAGUUUCUGACAUGGGCGUUAUACAUCCAUUAUAUAAGAGCACGGUAGGAGGCAGACGUAAUGAAGAUUUGGUGAUCACUGGAAAUAAUCAGCCUAUUGUAUUUCAGCAAGGAACAACCAAGCUUAGUGUGGAAAAAGACAAAACUUCUAUUACCAGUGAUAUUGGGAUGGAAUUUGUUGACCCACGGACACAGAAUACCUUGUUCAGCACAGACUAUGAAACUCAUGAGUUUCAUUUGCCAAAUGGAGUUAAAAUCUUGAACGUGCAGAAGGCCUCUACAGAGAGGAUUACCAGCAAUGCGACCAGUGAUCUAAAUAUAAAGGUCGAUGGCCGUGCUAUUGUCCGUGGAAACGAAGGUGUUUUCAUCACGGGCAAGACCAUUGAGUUUCGAAUGGGGGGUAACAUGGAACUUAAAGCAGAAAACAGCAUUAUCCUGAACGGAACAGUGAUGGUCAGCCCAUCGCGUCUGCCAAGUUCUUCUUACGGGGAACAGUUUAAUAAUGGGAACUGGCUGCGUUUCAAGCUCUGUAUGUGUGCAGACGGGACGCUGUUCAAGGUUCAGGUGACAGGUCAUAACAUGGGUUGUCAGACGUCUGUCAAUCCCUGCGGAGCCACGCACUAAAACACAAA